CUAGUGCCGACCAUUACGACGCCGGACGGCUUAACCUUACGAGAGCUUUUUGCUUCAAUGAACGACGGCGGUAAUCGUAAUUGUGGUGCCGUUCGGUUACCAGAAGAUUCACAGUUAGUUGUUGAUGCAGACGAAGAGGUGUUUUUGAUAUACUCGGAUCUUCAGGGCGGCAUUUCGCCAUACUCGGGAGAAUUUCGUGGACUUGGACAGCAAGAUUCGCAUCAUGAUGUCCUCACGGUUCAGCUAGACCUCUGCCCACCAAUGGGCGCUCCUCCGGUACCUCUACCUCGAGCAAAGUCCUCAAGGCACUCCUCGAAACGUCCAACCAAGUUGUCGAGACCGGCCGGGAGAACAAUUGAAAUCAGCGUCGCCCAGGACGUUACCGCCUUGCGAAGUCGGAAUGGGGACACGGGAAGCGUGGUGUGGAAAGCUAGCAUUGAUUUUGCGCGUCUGGUACUUGAACAGCUCCACUUUGCUGCACCGACGGAUUCUCUCUUUGACAAGACUACGUUGAGAGACAUGGCAAUACUAGAACUCGGGGCGGGUACCGGUCUGUUGAGUAUGGCACUGAGUCCUUGGGUUCGAAAUUAUACUGUUACCGAUACUAGUGAAAUCUUGCCGCUACUUGAAAAGAACGUAUCACUCAACUGCGCUGGCUCUCCUGAUACGACUAAUAUAUCAAUCGCCGAGCUUGACUGGCUUUCACUUCAUGCGACUCCAUCGAAGCAGCGAUCGCGAGCAUUUCAGUUUCCAGCUGUGGAUCUUGUAUUCGUAGUUGACUGCAUAUAUCACCCGUCUCUAAUGCCUGCUUUGGUGGACACAAUUGAUUAUGUAUCGACGCCUGGACGGACAACCGUGAUGGUGGUUAUUGAGCUACGAGACGAAGAUGCAGUGCGCCUAUUUCUGGAACUUUGGCUUGGAAGGGCUGGCUGGGAAAUAUAUCGGAUAGGACGAAGCAAUGGCCUUCCACGGCCAUACAUGAUUUGGGUUGGUCGCAAGGUUGAUGGACACAACUCUCAAGAACAGGACUACGAGGACAUGGCAUAGUACGCGACGUGACGUGACAUGAAGCGUCGCGGGUCAUACGCUCGGGGGCGGGAUCGUGGGCAUUGGGAAAUUGAACACGAAUGUUAUCCGAAUUGGGUAAAUCUCGCCAGAAGAACUGUCGAUGCGUGUCAUCGUCGCGCGAAUGACGUCGACUGU